ACAGCCUACAGGGACUUUUGUUGUUCAUUUAUUUAUUUUACUAUUGUCAUUGACACAUGAUUUGGUCGUAAUGCCUAUUUGAAUAGCAUUGGUAAGGACAGUUUUAUUUCGUUUUUACUCUUUUGUUGAUCAUUGGUUACUCACUUGUUGUGUCAAGUUACAAGGUAGUAUAGGAUCAUAAUAUGUUGUGAUCAUUGGCAACUAGUAUACAGUUCAUGUACCCCAAAGAAAUCUGAUGAAAGCAUUUACACUAAUCAGUAAUCACUUCUGCAUAACCUGAACGAUGAUGUGUGGAAGGGUAGGUGGGACCUGUCAGAGUUCUUGCUAAGUUAAUCUCGCGAGGCGAGAGUUAGAGCCGGGACAAGCGAGGAGAUUCCGUCGGAGGAAGACAGGCGAACAUAAAACUCAAAUAUGUCUGGACGAUCUGUUCGUGCGGAGACUCGAAGCCGCGCUAAAGAUGACAUUAAGAAAGUGAUGAGAGCGAUCGAAAGAGUCCGCAGAUGGGAGAAGAGGUGGGUGACCGUAGGAGAUACAUCUUUACGAAUAUUUAAGUGGGUGCCUAUUGUAGACACAAAGGAGAAAGAGAAGAACAAGCACUCAGUCAGUGUUGACAGAGAGCUUAAUAAUUAUCCCACAGAGACACCUUCUGAAAAUAACUCUUCAGUCUUGCUGGAUUUUCAAGAUGAGAACAGCAAUCAGAGCUCUCUUUCAGACAUGUACCACCCCAAGGUGGACAGCAGCAGUACCUCCAGCCCACAGCCCAGCGAGCCUGUCAGUCCAGCACACGUCAGCGACUACCGUGCCGACGACCCGCAACCUCCCACUCUGGGACAGGAAAGCUUGGCGGGUGAGACACUCAAGGAUUUGGCAGAGCCAGCAGUACCAUCUAGUGAAGUUGCAGAUGAGCCUCCCACGCUAAUAAAAGAGGCUGAUCUCCUACCCUUGGCUGCUCAGCCCUGUGCCCCUUACCCUUUGUCUGAGCCUCCAAAGGAAGAGGAAGAGGAAGAUGCUGACGCCCCUCCUCUGAAGAGAGUGUGCACUGACCAGAACUCAGUGCCUCAGCCUGCUACCAUGAGCUAACCCACAAUCCUCCUUGCCUGCACAGCGAAACCAAUCAGACAGUUUUUUUUUCUUCUGUCCGUCCUGGGAAGGCUAUAAGAGCCACAAUAUGGACCAGGCCUGUUUAACCUAUGAGGAAUAUUACAGUAAUUACAUGUUCUGUAAUUUAUUUGAUAUUGUAACUUUUACUUUCUUUGUGUUGGUUUUGAAAGCCAAUUUAAGAUUUAAACUGCAAUUUGAAAUUUGGAACUACGUGAAGAGCAAGGGACUGGCAUAAGAAAGAGUGGUGUUCUAAUUAUCUAUUCUAACAACAAUUUGUCCUGACUCUUUGUCCUGCUAGUAACUUGGACCUAACAUCAGAAAUCAGAAUAACUCCUGUAAAUCAUAUUAGUGUGGUAAAAAAUCCAGGGUGUGUCCAAAAGUGAUAGUGGUUUUUUUUAUAUGCUGAAUGUUUCAUACAUCCUUUGUCCAUCGACUCAAGUUGUCUUAUAGCUCAAAAAAGAGAAGCAUUUCAUCCACAGCUCUUUCCUGGAGCCUCUCAUACAGUUGUAAUCAAACCAAGGGGACUCUCUGUUGUGCAUAUGCAAAGGCUCUGAGGUUCUUGUCUACUUGAAAAGUUUACAUUGAUUGUCAUGCUUAAGACCCCAAAGAAUGUUCCUGUGUUACUGUUUUGUAUGAUGUGAAUGUUUGAUUAUAUUUCUUUUUUUCUUUUCUUGUUUUGUUUGUUUUGGUCUCUGCAAAAACCAAACAUUUAUUUCCAUUAUGGCAUUGGGUUUUUGCCAUUUAAUGUUUAAAUUGUUUUUGUUAUUGUUGUGUAACUUUCAGCAACCCAAAGGAUUGCUCUGUAAAGAGAGAUGCUGCACUCUUUCUAUAAUUCAUUAAGUCAUUCUUUCUUUCUUUGGCUUUAUUUUCUGGGAGAGUUAUAUAUUCUCUCUGAAUAGCAUGUACACUGAAUGUCUCUGGGUGGAAUAAUGGUAGUACUGUAUCUAGUCGUGAUUUGGUGUUUUAAAAUGUCAUCUUUGGCAUCUUCUAAUUCUGACAAUCAAAAUUGCACACUGGUAAAGCUAACAUAGUUGCCUCAUGUAGAUGGGUUUUUAUUUAUGGAAGAGUUGCUUUACAGUUUGGAAGAUGAAUGGAGUAUUCUACUGUGUUCAGUAGUAUGAAGGAAAGUUAUGACCUUUAUCUUCUUCAGAAAGUAUUGUACUGUAGAAGACAUAUGCAACCCCAUCUCCUGUUUAAAUAUUGCAUAAUUGUAUCAUUUAAUGGUAAUAACUAUAUUUUUAAACAUCUGUCAUUCACAAGUGUCGAAGAUUUGGCAAAAAGGGUUUAGCUCUUCUGUUAUAUUGUUUUAUUUAAUUUCAAUUGUAUGGUAUUGAUCCACAGGCCAUAUUUGUGAUCAAAUUUGUUGUAGAUAAUUGUUUUGCCAGUGGGUAAAUAAUUUAGGAUAAGGGCAGGAUGUCAUAAUUAGUUCUUUGUUGAUGACUUUGAUGUAAUGCUGGCUUGAUGUACCACAGCUCAGUCAUCUAUUUAUAAGGCAAGGUUUUGUAUUACUGAGAUUGUAAAAACUAUUUUGUUGAAUUCCGAAAUGUAUUACUGCAAAUGAUAAUUACAAAAUAUUUUAUAAAGGUUUGUAGAUUUA